UUGAAUGUGAUGGUAUACAGUAGGGUACGCGUGCGUGACACACGCGUGUGUCACGUCACACAUUUCUUUACAUCUAACCACCACUCUCUGUGCCCACCAACAUGGACAGCGGCGAAUCCAGGACGAUGAAGGCUCGUAGGGAUGCCUACAAGAACAAGGGCGCAUUCAAAGAGGAGGACCGCAGGAACCGUCGCAAUGAACAGCAGGUCGAAAUCAGAAGGCAGAAGCGGGAAGACAAUGUUUCCAAACGUCGCACACUUCUGCCUGGUGGCGAUGCUGAAUCCGAUGAGGAAAUUGGGAGUGGCUCUUGGGAAGCUCCGCUGGCACAAGAGAUGGUGAACAGUGUCUUCUCUGACGACCCGGACCGCCAACUCGAUGCGACAUCCAAAUUCCGCAAGCUGCUAUCUAAGGAAAAGAAUCCGCCGAUCGAGCGUGUCAUUGAGUGUGGGGUUGUCCCCCGCUUUGUGGAAUUCUUGCGUCAAGGACAUUCUAUGCUUCAGUUCGAAGCAGCAUGGGCCCUCACGAACAUCGCGUCGGGGACUGCGGAACAUACCCAAGUCGUGAUUCAUGCGCAAGCCGUCCCCGAAUUCAUCAAUCUUCUGUCGUCGCCUACUCUUGACGUUCGAGAGCAAGCCGUGUGGGCUUUGGGUAACAUUGCUGGCGAUAGUCCCCAGUGUCGAGAUUAUGUCCUCCAGCAGGGUGCCCUACGACCACUGCUGACAUUGUUGAGUGAACAGCAUAAGUUGAGUCUUCUGCGGAAUGCAACGUGGACUCUGAGCAACUUUUGCCGGGGUCGAUCACCCCAGCCUCAGUGGGAACUGAUCGCCCCGGCCCUGACGGUGCUCGCGAAGCUGCUAUACUCUCUGGAUGAUGAGAUCCUCAUCGACGCGUGCUGGGCCAUCUCAUACCUGUCCGACGGAUCGAACGACAAGAUCCAAGCCGUGAUCGAGGCCGGUGUCUGCCGUCGACUGGUCGACCUCCUCAUGCACCAAUCGACCUCUGUUCAAACGCCCGCUCUGCGCUCGGUGGGUAACAUUGCAACCGGCGAUGACCUGCAGACGCAGGUGCUAAUCGCUUCGGCUGUUCUUCCCGCACUUCUAUCACUUCUUUCUUCUCCCAAAGAAGGCAUUCGGAAGGAAGCGUGCUGGACCAUUUCGAACAUCACCGCCGGCUCUCCGCACCAGAUUCAGGCUGUCAUCGACGCCAACCUGAUUCCUCCCUUGAUCAACAUCCUGCAGAACGCCGACUUCAAAACCAAGAAGGAAGCGUGCUGGGCGCUGUCGAACGCGACGUCCGGCGGUCUACAGGAGCCGACACAGAUCCGAUACCUUGUAGCGCAAGGCUGCAUUAAGCCUCUGUGCGACCUGUUGACUAUGAUGGAUAAUAAACUGAUCCAAGUCGCUCUGGACGGCCUGGACAAUAUUUUGAAGAUUGGAGAGGCCGACAAGGUUGCUGCUGGGCCUGGUGCGACGAACCAGUACGCGCAGUUCAUCGAGGAGGCUGGUGGCAUGGUCACUAUCCACAACUUGCAGCAACAUGAAAACUUGGAUAUCUACAAAAAGGCAUUCAAUAUCAUGGACAAAUACUUCCCGGACGAGGAGGACAUCGACGCGGCUAUCAACGCACCUGCGGUUGAUUCCACCGGAUCUUUCGCAUUCCAAUCGGAGGUUCAGGCGCCUCAGGGUGGAUUUAGCUUUGGAAACUGAUCGGAUCUGGCAUAUGAAUAUACCGCACUGUAAAUCAGUACACUAUAAUGUAGAUGCUCUUGCUUAUCAGUUUCAAUCAAUUUUCGCAAAUCGC